GUCAGUCGGCCAGAAAUGGCGACGGCGCCGCUGAAGUCGCUGGCGAGAGUCGCCGGAAGGGACGGAGUGUACGUGGCGGCGGUGCCGCUCAGAGCAACGAAAGGACCAGCUCAGCUGCUGGCUUCGGCCGCCUAUUCGCUCAAGCUCUGGGAGUUCCAGCAUUUCAUGGUCAUCGUCAGAACCUCCUCGCCACCAUCCGAUUCUCAGGCAUGUGUGUUUGAUUUUCAACCUGAAGACCCUGAAAAUGUGUACGUGGCGCUUGCAGCCUUGUCAGGUAGAUCAAUUCCAGGAACUGUUCUCAAAAGAAAGUUGACAAAGCUACCGAAAGAAAGGUGCUGGUUUGUGGGAUCAUGUGGAGAGCAUGCUCUGGAUGUUGCAUGUAAAUUCAGCAACCUUUGGGAGACCGACUUGAAAAUUGGGCAUCACGAUUGCCGCGAUUAUGCCAAUGGGCUGGUUGAGCACCUUACUGGCGAAAAGGAUGUGCUAAAGCGCUUGAGAAGAAGCUUUGGUGAUCUGGACUAGGGCAUCAAGUUACUGGUUACAUUGUUUUAGCUCUGUAAGUUCAUCUAUGUGCUUGGUACCAAGAAAACAAAGUCGAACGAAAACUGCCAUUGAAAGUGGUAGGCUUAUGAGUAUAGUAGAUUUGAAAGUUCAAUGUUAUUUCUUAUUCCUAAAUUUAAUCAAUUAAUUCCCCACUGUAUUUAUCAAUACGUAAAUUAAUCUUUCAGAUUGCUUUUAUGUUGAUAUCUUGGAAGAUAACGCAAUACACUUUAGGCUGCUAUUAUCGCUAGUUUCUGCUUCACAUUAUUUGACAGAUUGAGUUCACAACCAGGGGUGGAUGGCAUGGUGGAAACUUAUUACCAGAUAAGCAUUUAAUUUUUGUAGCGUAAAAUAUACUAAAAGGAGUAUUUUGGACAAUGGACAUCAGUAGGAAUAAAAGGAAUCCAUUGGAUACAGCUAGUUUCUAUUCCAAUUAGUGAGCCCAUUGUCAACUGUUGGAUUUUACACAACCAAUGAGGAUUCAUCUGCAGAUUAUCUAAGCAUUGCCUCUCCUUCGCUUCUUUUAACUUCCACCAACUGUCUGAUUAAUUUGCGAAAAUGGCAUUGGCGUCACUACAAUCGACCAUGAACGUUAGUGGAAGAGACAAAGUAUAUGUAGCAACACUGCCAUUUAGAGCAACAACAGAACCAUUUCAGUCAGUGACAUCAGCUCUUCUCGCACUCCAUCUCUGGGAUUUGCAACAUUUCGUAGUCAUCUUCAAAACCUCUUCACCACCAUCCAAUUCUAAGGCAUGACCCCCAAAAUUUGUUUGCACUGGCACUUGCGGCCUUGCCAGGUGGAUCGAUCCCGGAAGAAAGUUGGCAAGGCUACCCAAACGAAGAUGCUGGUUUGUGGGAUAUAGUGAAGAGGAUUCCCUGGACAUUGCACUCAAAUUUAACGAUACAUGGGAGACUGACUGGAGGAUGGGUAUUCAUGAUUGCCGCAAUUAUGCCAACGGGCUGGUCGGGCGCCUUACCGGUGAAAAGCAUGUGUUAGAGCGCUUGAGAAGACGCACUGGUUGGCUGAUUUAAGGCAUCAAUUUUCUGGCAUUACUCCUGUAAGUCCAUAGACAAACUCAGUCCUGAGCAGAACAAUGUUAAUAUAAAAUCACCCCAACAAAGUGCAAUGAUCAUGUGUAUCACAGAUGCGAAAUAAGUUGUUCACCAAUGUCGUCAAUUACUCUUCCACAGUUACAGGCCGCCCCAUUAAGAUUCAUAGCACUCAAUUACUUUUGGUUUGUUUUUAUAUGUUUGUUUUCUGGUAUGCCAACCCAGAUUUCGUAAUGUCAUUAUUGCUGGUGUGAUGUUCUGCUA